AUGAAGUUCGAGGAUCUCCAGCAGGGCUUCAAGUGCCCUCAGUGCGCCGCGCCGCGCCGGCGCUUCGCGCGGAAGCUCGGCGACAAAAUCGGCACGACCCUGGACGGUGGCGACACGCCCAUCAUCAUUUUCACAGCAGUUUGCCUGCUCAUCGUCCUGGGCAUUGCGUACUACAGCCUGCAGUAG